AUGCCGCGUUGUCGUGUUCGCGUGUCGACGUGGCGCCGUUCGGUGGUCGGUGGGGCCGGGGGGGUGGAGGCGUGCCGGUCCGGUGAGGUGCCAUAUGGUGGAGGACGGUUCAAUGGUCAAGAAGGAAGCGAGGACUCGGAUAGUAGUGUGAAUAGGAAAUCGUACCCGACCACUUUGAGACGACAUCCAAGCAGAAUGGAUCAGUCCGAGUCCGAGCUGAAGAGGUUCAUGAGUGGGUUGACGCUCGCCGAGUGCGUUGGGUUCGUCAUCAUCAUCCUCACCAUAGUAUGGCUGCAGUAUUAUCGGGGAGGGUUUGCAUGGAGCAGCGACUACAAGGUCAUGUUCAAUUGGCAUCCCUUACUCAUGAUCUUGUCCAUGAUCUUCCUGUAUGCGAAUGUCAUGCUGGUGUAUCGGACGUUCCGACACGAGAGGAAGAAGAAGCUGAAGCUGGUGCAUGCAGGGCUGUUCCUGGUGAUCUUCGUGAUGGCAGUGAUAGGACUCUCGGCCGUUUUCAACGUCCACAACACAGCUGGCACUCCCAACAUGUAUUCUCUGCACAGCUGGCUCGGCAUCUGCACCAUGGUCCUGUUUGCCUGUCAGUGGUUGUGCGGCCUGCUGUCCUUCCUCUUCCCUGGAGUACGUCAUGCAUUGCGGGCCUGGUACCUCCCGGUCCACACCUUCUUCGGGAUGGUCGUGUUCAUACUCGCUUCCUGCACGGUUCUCAUGGGUCUACUUGAGAAGGCAAUCUUUACCUUGAACGAUAAGACUGAUACACCAUACCAGUUUCUUCCACGGGAGGCGGUUGUGGUGAAUGUGAUGGGGAUCCUGGUGGCCCUGUUUGCUGGGCUAGUCAUCUUCCUUGUGGGCAACCCUGUCUUCAAACGUCUUUCCCUCCCUGAAGAUGAAAUGCUCCUCAAUGAACCCAUCAACUGAACCUCCUAUACUCCUCUUGAUGGCAUAUCAUUUUGCUGGUCGAUGUAGCAUUCAUCUUGCUUUGUCUUGAGUUUCUAAGUGACUGCAGUUUCUUCAGGGUACAGAAUGGAAUUGACUGUAAUGUCAGGUAGCCACUCAGAUUUCCCAUAGAUCUCAGACACAUAUAUGCUCAAACGUCAAAAGAAAGAUUAUUUUGAUUCAUGUGAUUUGCAAAUUACCAUUCCUGCUCAUGAUGAAUUUGAUUGAAGCUAAUCCACCGCAGAGAAGAGGUUUGGGUACUUCCUAAAAUUAAUUUCAUUUUGUCAUUAAAUAUAUUAACUCUGACCGUUGAAGCACUGCUUUGCAGAUAUCUUUUCUGAAGUGCUUUUUGAAGUAUUUAUGACUGUUGAAGGUGUAGUGCAUGGCUGUCACUCAUGCCAAUUAUUGAAUUGUUACAGAAAAUGAGCUGACUUGACCAUCAAUGGGAAUGUGACUGUGAAGUUUUUUCCAUAUAAAUUCUAUCUUGUUCUGCAAGAAAUUCUGUUGCCAAAGUGGGUGAUCCCAGUUAUGCAAACUGGAUCUGUUGUCCCUCUAUGUCUGGUGGAAGUGCUUUAAGUGUAUGGGGACUUUUGAUGUGGUGUUCACACUGUUUUCAUUGCCACCUUGAUGUGAAGAUUUUUCUCGCUUUCCCAUUCUUGUUACACGGUGUUGUCCCAGAGCACCAACUGAUGUGAAUUUGCCCCAAAUAUUUCUACCCUGUGUCAGCUGUCAGGGUUAUUUUCUUCUUCCACAAUCUCUUUGAAGGAAUAUUCUUGCUCUCAUGUGUGCACAGUGCUCUCAGGUUGUUUGAGAAAUGUUUCUAUUUUCUUUUCAAAAUAUAUUUUUCGGAGUCUCAGCAUUUGCCAGGUAGCGAUCAAAAGCAAAAUCUGAAACUGGUUAAGAGAUGCACAAUUAGUUUAGAUAGGUUGGGUUCAGUUGCAUUGAAAUUUGCCUCCUGUUCCGUUCCCGGUUUGGCUCAGUCGGUUGUGACUGCACACAUUCUAGUCAGUGUUCACCUCCCUACUAAUAAACAUAAUUAUUGAUGGAUC